AUGACUCCGAGUCACCGAUCUGCCUCCCAGCUGUGGGCGAUAGCCCGCCGCAAGCUCUUCUCCAGGCGCGGGUCCUACGACAAAGACUAUGACUCCCAACACCGAUCUUCUGACUCUGCAGACACCUCUUCUCUCAGUGAGCAAAACGACGGGUUCUACAAGUACUCACAGGAAGUUGUCGAUAAGAGUGAUACGGUCUACAGGAAGGUCGUUGAAAACAUGGGAAUCCGUUCUUCCGACAGCACUGGGGCGUCCUAUGCGUCUGCUUCGAUGGUUCCUAUCGGACGGCCUCCUCUCCCCUACACCGUUGGUGACCCUGAGUGGGAUACCACCAACGGUUCUGUCAAGUAUUUGGACCAUGCCUGCGAUGAUGACAUCUCGGCCUAUCGAACCAGCGUCCUGUCUGUGUAUACCAGAGUGUACACGGUUGCCAAAGUGGUUUUCAUGUCAUUCCUCCAUUAUGGACUGGAUUUGGAUGACAUCCCUGAUGGCUUGAUGGCCUACAUCAGAAACGCAGAGCAGGCUGUCACCUCCAACAAGAUCACCGAUAUGGUCAAUAGCGUCAAUAACCUGUAUCAUGCUCUCUAUGCGAGGCUGAUUAUGGAAAUUGCCAAUGUGGAUUUGUGCUCCUGCUUCAAUUUCGGGGUUGCACGUGUCUCUUCGUAUAAUAAUUUUAUACUCCCGGAGCCGCGUCACUUGUUCAACAUCUUCCUGGCCUGCAAGGGGAUCCUCGACAGUCCAACUGUCUGCAGUGUCUUCAAUAGAGAGGUUGUCGGAGAAUACCAGAGUGCGUUCAUCCGUCGCUCUGUGCAGAAUCUCGUUGGAACUGGAAUUGUUCUUGAUGAUCUCAUUGGGUUCCGUCGCUUCGUCCUUCGUAUUGUCGAGGAUCGAGAGUCUCCGUUCCGCAAGAAAUGGGGUGGAAGUGGGCUGGUGUACCACAUGCCGCCCGCGGAGCUUCUUGCCGUCCAAGCUGAGAGAUACAUGGCUUUCACUCCAAGGGAGACGCAUCGCCUCAUGAUUCCCGACCAGGUUCUCCCCUUCGUCGAGCGGUACACCAUUGACCCGGAACGUUUGGAGAGAGGAUUCAUCCAGGACCACCGCCAGGCCGCGCUCGCCAUGCUUGAAGGCAAGACUUUAGGAGAUCUUCGAAACGAGAACCCCGCGGACCAGCUGAUGAAAUACGUCAAAGAACGCAAGUGCAUUUGUCAGUCUGCCUGCAGUUGUAGCAUGAUCUGCACUCGGGAGCCGGAGCGACCCUGUCCCUGUUCAGAGUGGAAGAUGACUGUCAUGCUUGCGCAGAGACGCUCUGGCCGGGGCCCUUUGGGUCUCCGCGACCGAUGCACUGUUCUUUCGAAGGCUGUAUUCCUGGAAAUCGCUUCUAUCCGGGACGAUGUUGACACGCCAUACGUCAGGUGGGGCGCAGGUGACUCGGAUGGCCAACCGGUCGGCGGUGUUGAGGAGGUGGCCGUGGUUCGCAGCCGGGCAAGAUUUUCUGGCUUGCCAAAAAUCCAGUCUGAGUGUCUGACUCUCCAGGCCUGGGACCGGCACAGCAUCUCUGGGAAACUUUUAGCGGGCAUGGUGCCCAAGAUCGUUGCUAGCCCGACUGGUUUAAUACUCUCUACCCUCGCUCCCUCGCUCUCGCCCUGCUGCCAGCCUGUCAGGCUCAGCCCGCCGGGAAUUAGACGCAGCCCACUGUGGAGCGCUCAUUCCGGGGCCCCCAGGACUUGGGUGCGACGAUAUCGCGCCGUCUGGCCUUCCUACGGCAUCACCACCCCGGUCCCGGAUCCUAACCCACAGUUCCCCAUCUCCCGUUCGCCCUUCUGCUUCCAGACGGGCUAUGCCCUCUGCGCCAAACGACCCUCGCGCCCCUUCCCCCCACCGUUCCUGUCUCCGCCCUCCUCCUCCUUUUCCGAUCCGCUGACCACGCACUACCUGAGUCAGGAUAAGAGAUUAUCCGUCCGGGGGGAUCUCGUCCGCGGCCUGAACAACGGCGACGAUGCCGUUCUAGUGGCGGAGAAUUACCUCGCCGUGAACGAUGGGGUUGGAGCGUGGGCGACCCGGCCGCGAGGCCAUGCCGCUCUGUGGUCUAGACUCCUCCUCCAUUUCUGGGCGCUAGAAGUUGAGCGAGAUCCCAAUGGACACUCCGAGUUAGAUCCUAUCGGCUAUCUGCAACGAGCUUUCAAGGAAACGACCCGAGCCACGACCUCGCCAGGUGAAUGGUUUGGCACCACCACGUCGGUCACAGCCCUACUACAUUGGAAGCGCGACGAGACGGGGAAUAUACGACCGUUGCUUUAUGUGACCAAUCUGGGAGACUGCAAGGUCUUUGUCAUCCGGCCGAGUGAGAAGGAGAUCCUCUUUCGGACCCAGGAACAAUGGCAUUGGUUCGACUGCCCCAUGCAGCUAGGCACGAACAGCGUCGACACGCCCGAGAAGGAUGCAGUGCUCUCCCUGGUUGAUGUGCAGGAAGGCGACCUCGUGGUGGCCGUGUCGGACGGCAUUCUGGAUAACCUCUGGGAGCAUGAAAUUCUCACUGUCAUCUUGGAGAGCCUGGAGAAAUGGGACCAAGGACGACAUGAAAAUAAGGAAUUGGACUGGGCGCCUCCAGCUGUGUUGGCGGACGAGCAAAUGGUAUUUGUGGCCAGGGAGCUGCUCAAUUCUGCUUUGGCCAUUGCCCAGGAUCCUUUUGCGGAGAGCCCGUAUAUGGAAAAGGCGGUUGAUGAAGGCCUGGCCAUGCAGGGUGGGAAAAUGGACGACAUCAGUGUGGUGAUUGGCUUUGCAAGAUACCUGCCCAGCGCAACAUCCCAUACCCUCAAUUCUCCAAGACAUAUCUCUACACCCCCCUCACACGACCGGACAGUCAAGAUGAGGGCCAAGCGUUCCAAGAAGUACCGCAAGCUCAUGCACCAGUAUGAGCUUACGUUCGGGUUCCGCGAGCCAUAUCAGGUCCUGGUGGACUCCAACUUCCUUCGCGCCGUAUACAACUUCAAAAUGGAGUUGAUUCCUGCAUUGGAGCGCACUCUGCAGGGAAAACCCAAGCCGCUCCUCACCAAAUGCUCCCUCGCCGCCAUCAUGGCCGCCCAACCCAUCAACCCCCGCACCAACAACCCCUACCGUCCCGAACAUCUUCCCCCGCCCACCGUCCUCCCGCUCCGCCACUGCUCCCACAACGCCGACUCCACCCCCAUCGACGAAGUCGCCUGUCUGCUCUCCCUCCUCUCUCCCUCUGCCGAAACGAAAAAGAACAAGGAACAUUACAUCCUCGCGACGGCGGAUCCCCACCCCACCGAGAAGAAGGAUAAGGCUGCGGAGUCUACGGCCGCGGGACGGAAGCGCAAGCGCGAUGUGGAGGAUAAGGCCGAGGCUGCGUUGCGGAAGGCGAGGGAUUUGCGUCGCCAGGCGCGGUCGAUUCCCGGUGUGCCGAUUGUGUAUGUGAAGCGCUCGGUCAUGGUUCUGGAGCCGAUGAGUGACCCGUCGGAUGCGAUUCGGGAGGGCGUGGAGCAGGGCAAGUUCCGCGUUGGGUUGACUGAUCAGGCGACCAAGAGAGAGCGGGCUGCUGCUGCUGCUGCUGGCGCUGCUGGCGCUGCUGGCGGUACUGCAGAGGGGGAGAAGAAAAAGAAGAAAGACUCGAAGAAGCCGAAGGGGCCGAAUCCGUUGAGUAUGAAGAAGCCAAAGAAGAGGGUGCAGGAGACCGGGGCGAAGACGGAAAAGCCGAAGAGGGAGAGGGAGGAAAAUGAGGAGAAGCCGGCUGAGAAGGAGGUGGAGGGAGAUGGGGAUGGGGAGGCGGCGCCGAAAGCGAAGCGCAGACGUCGUCAUCAUCGCGGUGCGAAGGCGGAUGGAGAUGGGGAGGGUGCUGAGGCGCCGGCUGAAGCGCCGGCUGAUACCAUGGAUGAUUGAUUGCUUCUUUGCUAGGGUUUUCUGUUUGAUUGAUUGACUCGACAUGUCAUGGUACGGCGUUCGGUGGGUCGAGAUAAAAGUGUCCAUAUAUGAACUGUGUAUAGGUAGUUACUCUGAUAUUGAUAGAAAGAUACUCAACAUUCGCACUACACCAAUGACAGUAACCCCAUCAUAACACAUCAAGCAUGAUAUUGUACAGCCUCCCCCAAUCCAAAGAGAGAGAGACACACAUACAGAGUAAUAUAUACCCCAACAAAGACAACAAAGAAGAGAUCCC